CAAACCAGAUCUAAACAAAAAUAAAUGGUGUUGAUUUUUAUGAGCAGUUGCUAAAAAGUUCGGAUUUAACGAUUUUACACAAGUUUCAGUUCGGAAAUAUUCUACUGUUGCUAAAGCUGCUGCAACCAUGAGUUUGGAGAACUGUUGCAGAUUAUGUUUGAGAUAUCUUACCGACGAUACAUCCGAGGAAGGUGAACAUUUCUCCCUUGCCAAGAAUGGACGCCUGCAGCAGCUAGUUUCGGAGUGUUUCCAGAUUGAGGUUUCCGAUGGAGAAAUUGUGUCCAAGGUUUGUCCUAGAUGUAUUGACGAAACACGUCUAGUUAGCAAGAUUCGGAAGCGGAUAAGAAAAGCGGAUUUCGAGAUCAAACAGUAUUAUGCGUCACUUGCGAUAAAGGAUGAAGCUGGAUUUGAAAUAGACCCAGACGAAACCGACGAAUAUGAACAGAUUGAACAGCUGGAGAUGGAUAGUGACGAGCAAGAUGAUAAACCGGAUUUAACUAGCUUCGAGGAAGAAAAUUCAGCGCAUGUCGACGACGACACCAAAACGUACGAGUUGAUUGAAGUCGAACCACUUAUUGAAUAUGAAAAACCGACCAUCGAAGAAAUUACUGAUAGCCCUAGCGAAACUAAACGUAAAACUAGGACAGCCCCAGUUCGACGCAUAAGAAAACGUCCGCCCCGUGAUCCUAAUGUUCGCAAGACAGUUAAUCAUAAUUGCUACAUUUGCUCUACAGAGUUUGAAUCCUUUGAACUGCUUGACAGUCAUCUUGAUAACCACGUUGGAACUGGCUCGCAAGCAUGUAGCUUUUGCGAUUAUCCUGUUACGACAGUGCGUCAUUUGAAUAUGCACUUGAGAACAAUUCACUUCCGGAAGGGAAAACGAAUUCCGUGUGAAGAAUGCAAAAAAGACAAUAAGACGCGAGAGUUUUCGUCAAAGUUUAAGCUGCAAGCCCACAUCAAGUCUUUCCACGAAGGAAUCGUUGAAGUUCAAGAGAAAAAGCACGUUUGUACUUAUUGUGGGAAAGCUUUCAACAGGGGAACGUAUCUUAGAUUGCACGAGAAUACUCACACGAAAGCAAUUUUACAUAAAUGCAAGCAAUGUCCAUUUGCUGCAACGACGAGAUCUGGACUGAUAAGGCAUCUACGUGUGCACACAGCGGAAAGGCCAUUUAAAUGUGACGAAUGCGACGCAUCCUUCAACCAAUCCAAUGGACUUCAAUCCCAUAAAUUCACAAGACAUUCUGAAGAAAGACCAUUCAGUUGUGAAAUAUGCGGAACAUCGAAACGGUUUAAAACAAAAUACAUUCUUCAAAGUCACAUGAAGGCGCACGAGAAAUCGGGCACAAAUGUAAUAGGCAGGGGCCGCGGUUUUCAAACUCUGGGAGUAGAUAUAAAAGUUCAUAUACCGGAAUUGAAGUGCAGCUUCUGUCCAGCAGUGUACCGUAAGGAAGUUUUCCUGUGUCGACAUAUCCUAGAAAAGCAUCCUCUAGAAACGGUGCCAAUGAUUCCCUGUGACAUAUGCAAGGCAGCAAACAAAAAUCUAUUUUUCCUAACCGAAAAAGAAAGGGACCAACAUGUUGAAAAUCACGAAAAAAUCAAAGCCGCGCCGGAGAAGGAACGUGUUUGCGAGGAUUGUGGGAAAGUCUUCUUCACCAGUACUACGUACCAUCACCACCGUCAGACCCACUUCAGCAUCGUUUGUAAAGAAUGUGGGAAAUCAUUCUCAACCAACAGAACUUUGCGACUGCAUUUGCUGACGGUUCACCUUAAAUCCCGGCCGUAUAAGUGUGACAAAUGUGAUUCGUCGUUUGGACAGUUGACAUCGUUGAAUGCGCAUAUGAAAGUGCACCUGAAGUAAGAAUGAAUCAGCUUUCAAUAAACGUGUUGAAUUUAAUAGAGAA